UAUAAAUAUGUGCUCAUGUGUACCAUCUUCUUACACAUUCAAAGUGUUUUAAGAGAGAAAGAACUAAUGGAAAACGUAGUGACGAAACAGAGUAUCCCUCUCCUCGCGCCCUACAAGAUGGGUAGAUUCAAUCUUUCCCACAGGAUUGUUCUUGCACCACUGACGAGACAAAGAUCAUACGGAAACGUUCCUCAACCUCAUGCUGUGCUAUACUACGCUCAGAGAACCACCCCAGGAGGUCUUCUCAUCACUGAAGCCACUGGAGUUUCAGAUACAGCUCAAGGGUAUCAAGAUACACCUGGAAUAUGGACUAAAGAGCAUGUGGAGGCAUGGAAGCCAAUCGUGGACGCUGUUCAUGCCAAAGGUGGCAUCAUCUUCUGUCAGAUUUGGCAUGUUGGCAGAGUUUCUAAUAAAGGUUUUCAGCCAAAUGGGCAAGCUCCCAUCUCUUGUACGGACAAGCCAUUGAUGCCUCAGAUCCGCUCUAACGGCAUCGAUGAAGCCAUGUUUACCCCUCCAAGACGCCUAAGUACUGAAGAGAUCCCCACCAUUGUCAGCCAUUUCAGGCUUGCAGCAAGAAACGCUAUGGAAGCUGGCUUCGACGGAGUAGAGAUACAUGGAGCUAAUGGCUAUCUCAUCGACCAGUUCAUGAAAGACACGGUGAACAAUAGAACUGACGAAUACGGUGGAUCAUUACAAAACCGCUGCAAAUUCGCUCUAGACAUAGUCGAAGCAGUGGCCAACGAGAUCGGGCCUGAUCGCGUUGGAAUCAGGCUCUCUCCCUUCGCAGACUACAUGGAAUCAGGAGACACAAACCCACAAGCAUUAGCGGUUCACAUGGCGGAGUCUCUGAACAAAUACGGAAUCUUAUACUGUCACGUGAUCGAAGCGAGGAUGAAAACAAUGGGUGAAGUAACAGAGUGUCCUCACACUUUAACGCCGAUGAGAAAAGCCUUCUCGGGGACGUUUAUUGCUGCUGGAGGUUUUAAGAGGGAAGACGGGAACGAGGCGGUUGAUAAGGGAAGGACUGAUCUGGUGGCUUAUGGUCGGUGGUUUCUGGCGAACCCCGAUCUGCCAAAGAGGUUUGAAGUUGAUGCGGCGUUGAAUAAGUAUGAUAGAUCAACGUUUUAUGCUUCUGACCCUGUCGUGGGCUACACUGACUACCCGUUUCUUGAUUCAACAGCUAGUUAAUACAUGUCGUUAUGUGUUUUUGUUUUUUCAUGUAAUAAGACGACAUUGUCGGUCAAACUGCAACCACGUAUUCUAUAUACACUACUUUCAUAUUGUCAUAUCGAGUCCAUGAUUAUACGAUAUUAGCAAAUAAUGCCUUAACAAUUAUAGUUUGUGAACAUAUAUCCCAUUUUACAGCCACUGCUUGAUUCAUGUUUUCCUCGAGUUCGACUACAAGUCUACAAAUUUCAUAGAAUUGGUGAAAACAUGCAACAUCCCAACCACUCCCACAGUUGAGACUCUUACAUGUGCUCACUCAGUUAAUAAACUUUACUUUGAUAAAUAGUGUUUUGAUUGAUUUGUUGAAGGUUCGAAAUAUCUAUUUACUAAUUUAGCAGUCACCACAUGAUUUUUCUUUAUAUUUUAGUUUUACGGUAUCCCAAAACAUUUUUUUUAUAGAUCUUCAAAUAAAUCUUUUUGGAUAUAUAAACGGAAAAUAAAUACAUUUUGAUGACAAAUAAUAAAAUCAGUUAUUUUAAAUCUUUUAACAUACACGACCGUAUAUCAAUGUUACAAAACCAAAAUAGAAACAACUAACCAGUUGAAUUAAGAUUGGUUUUGUUCUCUGGAUUAACUCUGCUUGGCACGGUUAGAGAUUGAAUCUGUCCGGUUAAACCGGUCCACGUUUCAUUUAAAUUUUAAACGGGAAGGGAGGGUGGGGUCAACUACGACAGCUCAGGAUUCUUCCCUCCACCGCCAUAACCACGCGGACCACAUGAAAUAAAUAAUUUAUGCAAUUUAAAAAAAAAAUAAAAAAUAAUAAAUUUGGGAAAACGUAUAACCUAACUCUUGCCAAUCAUCGUCAUCUUUGUUCCCCUAUUGCUGGAGAGAUUAGAUUCGAGAAAAGAAGAGGAGGAUGAGUUUCCAAGAUCUCGAAGCUGGCUUUCGAUUCCAAACGCCGAAUCGUGGGAGGCAGCAGAAACCUCUGUCUCGUGGGGAUCCGUCUCAGGAGGUAGCCGCCGGGAUCUUCAGGAUAAGCACGGCCGUCAAUUCCUUCUUCCGACUCGUUAAUUCGAUCGGAACGCCAAAGGAUACUCUUGAAUUGCGAGAGAAGCUG